AUGCUGCCAUGGCUUGCUGUUCUGCUGCCUUUGUGCCUGCUUGGCAAAAAGCAGCUGCCUGUCACUCUGACAGCUGGGAAUCCUGAUGGCAGGAAGGGCGAGAAGGCAUUCCUGGAGACCAUCAACGGUACCAAGUCCGUCGUGGUGAGCUUCACGUCGCUGCGCACAUCUUGCAAGCCCUGUUCGGAGCUCCAGCCGGAAUUCAAGAAGGCGGCAAAGAAGCUGAAGAAGAAAGGCUUCCUGUGUGGAGUCGUGGACACAGACCUAGCUGUGAACGUGAACCUCAAGGAUGUCCACAACGUGACCAGUAUUCCGAGCAUGCACCUUUUCCGCAAAGGGCUUGCCCUCUCCAAGCUCGAAGGAUUCCAGUCUUCUUCCAGCAUUGAGCAGUGGGUGACUGCGGUGAACAUUCCACAAGUGGAGGUUUUCGAGACACAGGCUUCGUUCGACAAAGCCGUCCGUAGCAGGAAGUGGACCGAAACCAUGUUUGCAGCCACCGGUGGACCGAUGCUGCAGGACUUGAUGGAUUCCGCAGCAGUAAAGGGCAGCGAUGGCUGGGCCAGCAGGAUGAGAUUCCUAUUCUGGUCGGAUGGGGGAAGAGGAAGGCCCUUCGGUGCGGUGUAUCGCGGAGUGAAUGAGAUGGAGCACUUCGACGCUUCCGGGCAAGUAAGCACGGAAAUGCUCGAGGAGUUCUUGAAGAAUGAGCAUUUGCCGUUGUUUGGGAAGGCGACGAUGGACGACCUCGCGAGUGUCUUUGGCAAAGGUUCCAAGGGCAAUGUCUUCGUGUGCUUUGACCCAGAAGCCUUCGAGACCCAGGCGAAGAAGUAUGCUCGCGCAUUUCAGAAAGUUGCCAAGAAGUGGAAAUCCUACGGGUUUGUCUUCUUCAACGUGCGUGAUCCUGUAGCCAAGCUUCUGCAGAUGGACUGCAAGGAAUUCCCGUUCGUCACGCUCAAACUUUUGGCGAAGCCUUUCAGAACCUUCACCAAGUCUUUCGCAAAAGAAGAGCCAACGGAGAAAGUCCUUGCCCAGUUCAUGAAGGAAUCGAUUGAAUCGAACCGGCAGGCCUCUUCUGAGCUUUGA